UACAACAGUACUCGUUUCAUCAAAUCUACAUCACAUACACUGUCAGCCAUGUUUAUAAGAAGCAUUCUCCAAGCCUCAGCGCUCCUCUACACAACCGUCACAGCCCAGACAGCAUGCAACAACUCUCCAUCCCUCUGCUCAAAACCCUACAACAACAUAACGCACUUGGGCACACACAACGCCGCCUUCCUCCGCGAUGCCUCAACAUCCUUCAACACAGCUGGUAACCAAUUCUACAACGCCACCGUCCAACUCUCCGCCGGUGUCCGCCUCCUCACCGCCCAAGUCCACCAAUUCAACACUUCCUCAGGCCAAUCAGAAUGGCACCUCUGCCACGGCGACUGCAAAUUCCUCGACGCAGGACCCCUCGAGACCUGGCUCAGCGAGAUCAAAUCCUGGCUGGACGCAAACACAAACGACGUCGUAACUCUGCUCCUCGUAAACUCGGACCGCGCCUCGGGCUCCACCAUCGGCACGCAAUUCUCCGCCUCAGGAAUCGACAAAUACGCAUACACACCUUCCUCCAACUCCUCCUCUCAACAAACCGGCGCAGCCCAGCAGACCUGGCCAACGCUCGAAUCCAUGAUCUCAAACAACACGCGACUGGUGACGUUCGUGGCGUCCCUCUCGACGCCGUCCCCGCAGCACCCAUACCUCCUCGACGAAUUCACGCACGUGUUCGAAAACGACUUCGAGAACGAGUCGCCCACCGACUAUACGUGCACGCCGCACCGCCCCUCGGGCCUCAACACCGAAACCGCACUCGAGUCCAACCGCAUGUUCCUCAUGAACCACUUCCUGUACUCGACGCAGACGUUCGGCAUCCAGACCCCAAACGUCACGUACACGACCGUCACCAACGCUGCGUCCGGAGAGGGCAGUCUGGGCGAGUCCGUGCUGGAAUGUAGUAGUGUUUACGGUAAAGCCCCGACGUUUGUGCUGGUCGAUUUCUUCAAUGUCGGGCCUGCGGUGCAGAGUGUGGAUCGUGCGAACGGGGUGCAGAGUGCGGUCGGGAGGAAGGAAGUCAGCGCUGAUAUCGUGGAUGAGAGGACGGCGCCGAAGUCGAGUGGCGGAGCGGUUGUGAGGGGUCGUGGGAAGGCGAGUGUUGUGGCGUUGGUGGGCGCGGUUGUUGUUGCUGUGGUUUGGGCUUGAUUUCACAUACCUGUCAUGGAGCGGUGUGGCUUUGUCUGCGUCAUGAUUGUGCUUUCUUUCUUUCUUUCUUUUUUCUUGUUGUUGUUGUUCUGGCAUGGCGAAGGCGUUUUUCCCGUAUUCUCUUCAUCAUUGUUAUUGAGCACUAUCACUGGCAUCAGCAUAAGCAUUAGCAUUAGCAGUACCACUAGCAUGAUCAUGCAUCCAUUAUCCACCACACAUUCAAAUCAUCUCUUCACAUCCAUCGUGGUGAACUUUACAAACCACCGUUAAGACAGAAAACACGUUUACAGAUGACGCUACUCUCGAGCGAUUCCUGAUUCAUUCGUUUGUUCCAUGGUCAAAGUCCCGCGGAGCAAGCUCAAUAUAUUUUCCAUAGAGGAACCGAAUUCGAAACACCGAAAGUACCCCCACAUUCGCAUUGCUCCACGCCCCCAUUACUCCAUG